CCAGUCUCUGAUUUGACUUCAACGAGGCUUUGCACACAGCAUGAGCGGGACAGCAUCCAAGCAUCUCAGCGGAUCAGCUGGUUUUUUUUCGUUUUUUUAAAUGGAAUUUACACUUUACCUUCUUUAAUUCUCAAUUCAUCAUUAAUACGCGGAAGGCUGUGGACUAUACCAAUCUCAUCUGUUACUUAUUUCCAGUCCUGACACAAUUGACAUCUUACUCCGCGCUGGCAGCAACACAAGGAAGCAGAUUUGAGGAAGAAUAUCGGUACUUUUAAAGAAGACAGCUCCCUCCUCGUUCCUGUUAUUCUUGACCUGCUCUUAACGAUUGAUUCAGGGGUCCGUCCUCCUGACACGACAUCCUGUUCAACAAAGCAAUGAAUGAAGAGCACUGCUUGAGCCGCUGCCAGUGAGGUGUCCAGAGAUCACAAUGUGUCGGUCCGUCCACCUGGCUGGGAAGGAACAAUUUGGACAAUUGUAAUUAAAAAAAUAUAUUAAAUUAAAAUAUAUAUUUAUAUAUAUAUGUGUGUAUUCAAAUAAAACAGGUCACAUCACGGAGUUCCUAAUAUAGGCUGACACGCAUUAUGUGUGCAAUGAUCACAGUAGAUCUUCAGCCUUUGUGUUGGGCAUCGAUGUCGCCGCUGUAAGGUGCGCUGCGCUUACAUCGUAUUACUGACUGCGUAAAGAACAGACACUAAAUAUACAAAGAUGAUAUUGUUCCGUAAAUUCAGAGUGUUGAUACUCAUGGUGUUUCUGGUAGCGUGCACCAUGCACAUCAUGAUAGACCUGUUACCAAAACUAGAGAAGCGGGCGGCGGGAGCGGUCAACGGGGACGCCGGCUGUCAGUGCGCUCACCACCCGGGCGAGCAGUCGCAGGGCUGGGGGAAGAAACGCGCGAUGUCCGCGGCGGAAGCUGGCUGGCCUAACAAGCACACGCUGAGAAUCCUGCAGGAUUUCAGCAACGAGCCGAGCUCCAACCUCACAUCGCAUUCGCUGGAAAAGAUCACGGCAGCCGGGGACAGAGCGGAGUCCUCGAGGCGGAUGAGACCGUCAGCGGGGAAGGCGGAAGACCGCAAGCCGCUCAUGGGAGACGCGGGCGGGGGUCGGACAGCCCCUGCCCACGGUGUAUCCCGCCUGUUUGCUCUGUUUGAGCAUCCUUUUUACAAGGUGGACCUUCCUCCCAUCACAAAGGAUGACACUUUGUUCAACGUCAACUCUGACAUCAAGUUGUAUCCCAAAGCAACCGGGAACCAAGAAUGGCACAACGUGGAGGGGAAUGAAGAGGAGGAGGAGUACCAUCCAACGGGAGAGGCAGAAUCUUCCCCUAACUGGUUACGCUUUCACAUCGGCAUCAACCGCUACGAGUUGUACUCCAGACACAGUCUGGCGCUGGACGCCCUCCUGAAGGACCUGGUGACACAGAGAAUCACCAGCGUAGCCAUGAAAUCCGGAGGCACCCAGCUGAAGUUGAUCAUAACAUUCCAGAACUACGGACAAGCUCUGUUCAAGCCCAUGAAGCAGACUCGGGAGCAGGAAACUCCCCCAGAUUUCUUCUACUUCUCCGACUUUGAGAGGCACAACGCUGAGGUUGCCGCUUUUCACUUGGACAGGAUCCUCGACUUCCGGCGAGUGCCCCCCGUGGCAGGCCGACUUGUGAACAUGACGAGGGAGAUCAGGGAUGUGACGCGGGAUAAGAAGCUGUGGAAGACCUUCUUCAUCUCACCAGCCAAUAACAUCUGCUUCUACGGCGAGUGCUCGUACUACUGCUCCACUGAGCAUGCUCUGUGCGGGAAACCGGACCAGAUCGAAGGCUCGCUGGCGGCCUUCCUGCCGGACCUGAGUCUGGCCAAACGCAAGACAUGGAGGAACCCCUGGAGGCGCUCCUACCACAAACGCAAGAAAGCAGAGUGGGAGGUGGACCAAGAUUACUGUGACGAGGUUAAGCUAACUCCUCCGUAUGACCGAGGCACUCGACUGCUGGACGUCAUGGACAUGACCAUCUUUGACUUCUUAAUCGGUAACAUGGAUCGACAUCAUUAUGAAACUUUUGAGAAAUUUGGAAAUGACACCUUCAUUAUUCACCUAGACAAUGGAAGAGGUUUUGGAAAACACUCCCAUGAUGAGCUGUCCAUUCUGGUGCCUGUCAUCCAGUGCUGCAGGGUGAGGAAAUCGACGUACCUGCGUCUCCAGCUGCUGGCCAAAGAGGAGUACCAGCUGAGCUCCCUGAUGGAGGAGUCCCUGAUCCGGGACCGACUGUCCCCGGUCCUCCUCCAGCGCCACCUCCAGGCCAUGGACCGCAGGCUCCGGCGGGUUCUGCAGGUCCUGGCAGGCUGCAUAGAGAAAGAAGGUUACGGUAACGUGGUGGACGAAGAUGUCGUCGGGAACACGGCCACCCACAGGAGCCCAGGCCACAGGUAGUGAGGGCGAGACUCUCAGGUGACCGAACCCACCAUUGACACAUGAACAAUGGACCAUGUCUGUGGCUGUUCGACCAAUGGGAUUACACCAAAAUUCCCACUUCUGAUAUCAAGCUGAAUUCAGUGAAUUCCAAGACUUGCCAUCAUUGCCUCUCUGGGAACUGCUUUUAAGUGUGUUUAUAAAGAAGGAACUGACCACCGAUGCCAUGAAAGACUCACACACAGAGGCUUUGUAUUAAUCAGAUACAGAUGUAUUUUUGUUGUAUUGGGACAGAAAGGAACCGCUGCUGUGUUCGGAUUUUAUCCCGUUUUUAAUAUGGAGGGUAUAAUUUUGUUUGAUGUGUUUUAUUAUAUUAGUACCUAAUCAAAUGAGAACGUACUCUCACAGCAUAUGGCCAGACAAAAAGCUUUACCAGUUAUGACGAUGGAUGACACGGUUUGUAUUUUCUCUUUGUAAAACAUGUCAGUGACCAACCACCGACAACCCGGAGAAUAAGAGGUUCAAAGCAGUGGACUCUGUUCACUAACUUGAUCUGCUUUGUUGUCUUUGCACCGACUCGGAACCGACUGAUUGGAAAUGUUAUCACAUACUUCUGAACAGCAGCGAUCUGAGUGCGAUUAUAUUUGACACUGUAGUUCCAACAGUACGUUCACUUUGCCUUAUUCUGAUUUGUACCACUUUUUAAAAUAUAUUUUUUCCCAUCUCCCCUGCAAGUCCAGCUUGCGCAACAUGCAGCACAACAAUAAAAUAGUAUUUUCCAAACCAAAAAUAAUGCAAAGAGACCAGUGUGCUGGUUCAUGAAAUGGUCAUUUCAUUUCAAUUUAGUACGUUUCUCAAAUGAAGACCUGAAACAUCUCAAGCUGUCUCGUAUUAUAUUGUUUUACAAUGAAUGCAUUGCAAAAUGUUACAAUUUGUAUGUUACAGUUGUUAUGAGAUAUAUUGUCCAAAUGACUAUUUAUUGGUGUGUCACAAAGAAUGAAAGCGGUUUCAUAAGUUGUUAUGUUGCUUUAUAUUUUGAGAUUUAUUUACCUACAAUACCAGAACAUUUUGGAUGCCAUUUCAAUUAUCAUUCCUUCAAAUACUUUUUUUUUGUACACAUGACAACAAAGGUAUUUGAUUUCUGACAUCAGGUGGUGCCAUGCAGUUCCUCCCUCAGAGUGCUGUGCACUGGCUGACCAGGCACCCGUGCAAUGAGAGAAUUACAGUACUUGAAUGUUUUUUGGGUUGGAAGUAUGGACACGAUUCAUAGAGCUACAAAUGGUGUGAAGCCCGCGUGGAUGGACUCAAGUCAAAGAGGUGCUUUGAGGCUGAUACAGGGGCUAUAAAAGCCUUUGGCACUGUUCUUUGAUUUUCACAUUCUCAGUGUACAUUCCCAUAAUUACUUUGAAGAGCUAAAAAGCUGCACAGUGAUUUGCUUCUGUUUUCUGCUUUUGCAUUGUUACUGUGAAGAUCUGUUUACUAAAUGAUUAAAGUGUGCAAUAAAAACAAAAGUGGGGAGGAAUGUC